CCCAGUACUCGUUUCCGUGUGCUCACCACGGUGCCGUUUUUAAUUUCUCAGCAGAUUGUGUUUUAACGGGAGACCAGUUUCGUUAGAGCAAGCUCCAGAGAGGAGCACCGGCCGCACGCACUCGCGGUGCGAUCUCUGAUGAAGCGUUCCACAAGCCAACACCCUCUCGUUAAAACAACCCUCACUGUCCGCGUUCACUCUUUCCUUCGUGCCGCGCCUUACUGUCAGAUAUUUGUCUAUCCUAUGUGCAAACUUAUUAGCACUCCCACACACAUACACACACACGUCCUCACAUUACUUGCGAGGGAGAGGAAUCACAACCAGAAGCAGUGUACCGUCUCUCCCACCCCUCUACCCCCUCAGAGGGUCCUGCGGGAGUCCCUUUCUCCCCUCCCAGCCUCGACAGAACUGGGCCGGGGUCUCCCUGCUCCCCGGCAGCUUCCCGUUCCCUCCCGUCUUUCUAUGCCGAGAACCGCGGGGCGAGGAGUGGCGGGACCGGAGCAGCACCGGAGCCGCGCAUUCCUCCAAUGCCGCGGGGAGCCGCGGGGAGAGGAGAGACCGCAGAAAUCGGGAACUCCCUAAAGCCUGAGUGUCUUCAUGUCCUCAAAAAAAAAGAUGCUGUGAACACUCACUAAAACAUCGAGGGCGUGUAAGUGAAAGGACGAAAUUCAGACCGGACGUUGGAAAGAGAGAUGGUAAAAGCGCGCACGGGCGGAGCCCGGAUAACCAAGCCCAUCUUUCCACGUCCACCCUGCAAGUACUAUCGCUAUUCUGACCUCGUUUCGGGAAUAACGCCUCUCUCCAACAAGCUCAGCAAAACCGCUCACCUCUAGUGAAACUGCCCCGGGCCGCGGCAGUGACCGGGCUCUGCCGCCUGACCAGCUCCGUGCACCCUCCGGACUAACCCCGCCUCAGAGCCGGUCUCCGAAGGGGUGAGCAUCACGGACCGGCCUCCAGCACCGCUUAUGAGCUACCGCUGCCCGCUCGCAGCCUCCGUGGGGAGCGACGCGCGGACCGCCGGGGUCGACUCCCGCUUUUCGAAACCGAAGGUGUUCGCACACCGACGGGGAGAUAUCUUACAGGAGUCUAACACGCACCCCGCCGUGCAGCGCGCACCGACACCCUCUUCGAGUUGACAGCGCAGAAAAAGAACCGACGACCAAGAAACUCGAAGCUGCAACGGCCUCAUCGCACCCCGGGCUUACUGCGGGCUCUCCGCGGCGGGUCCGGUCCGUUCUCCCCCCGGCAGCCCCUUUCGGAACUCCCUCCUACCUUCCCCCCCGUGUGCUCGUUUUCCAACCGCCGACGGGGCAAGCGGUAACUCCCGUGUCGUACCUCGGUACUCACAGACGGGCGGUCGUGCCGGGGCCGUCCCGCGGGCUCCGUGCUGGACGCGGUGCCGGGCCGGGAGAGAGUGUCCCGGGGGGUGGUUACCUCGGGGCGCAGACCAACGGGGCGGGCGGGCCUGGGGUCUGCGGGACGUCGCGCCACGGGGCUGCUCCAGCCGCGCUGCCAUCGAGGGAGAGGGGAAGGGACAAGACGUGGAGACGCCCAAAAGCCGCCUCCGGGCCAGCGCGGGAGCGGCGGGGUCCCGGGGACACUCGGUGCUUCGGCCGCAGCUCCGCUUCCCUCCGCGCCGGUCACACUGCUCUGAGCCUCGUCACGACCAAAAACCCCAAACCGCUGCUCGCCUCGCUGUAGCGGCGGCUGUUGGGGACAUUAGGGCUAAAUUUAAGGGGAAUUCUGGCAGGGAUUAGAUCGGUUCUAGUGCUGGACAAACGGGGACAUUCCGGAUUUACCCGGGCUCGGCACCGCCACUCUUUCAGUUACAGUCUUGCGAGAUCGUGUCCUGGGGUUUGAAAAGACAGUUCUUGGGGGAAAGAACACGGGGCUUCUCCUUUCACACCGCUUCCCAGCGGCAGAAUUCCCUUUACCAAAGCUAUCGCAUCUCUUAGCGCGCGGCAAGUCUCUCCGCUUGCUGGGGCUCUGCAACACAUCUCCCAUCGAUCGUCAGGCAGAGCUGAAACAAAGAGACGGGGGAAGAUGAAAACACAACAAGCUUAAUUAAAGCCACCUGGCUGGUUAAAUACGUGCCGAGACGCAGACACCGCAUUAUUCGCCUCACCUGCGCCCGACAGGCUGCGGCUGCUUUGUUCUCCCAACAUGUCUCGAGAGCAUCAGCGGUGCUCGGGCUGAGUGGGGCUGCGGGGAAGGCGCUGAGAGCAGAGCCCGGGCGUGGGGUCCCGGAGCCGCCGCGGGGCUGGUAUGCUGUAGGGCCGUGCCAUGUAUUGGAAGAGUGACCCGAUGUUCGUCUGCAGGCUGGAGGACAAGGACCUGCCCGCGCUCGGAGGCCCCGCGGAGAAGGCGAGCCCCGCAGUGGCCGACGAGGACUCCUGCUCUUCCUCCGCCGCCCUCUCGCCCUCCUCCUCGCCGCAGUCCAUGGCCUCGGGCUCCGGCUGCGCCCCCAGCAAGUGCGUGUGCAGUAGCUGUGGCCUGGAGAUCGUGGACAAGUACCUGCUCAAGGUGAAUGACCUCUGCUGGCACGUGCGCUGCCUUUCCUGCAGUGUCUGCAGGACGUCCCUAGGAAGGCACACGAGCUGCUACAUCAAAGAUAAAGAUAUCUUCUGCAAACUCGACUAUUUCAGGCGGUACGGGACCCGCUGCUCCCGCUGCGGGAGGCACAUCCACGCUACCGACUGGGUCCGCAGGGCUAAAGGGAAUGUCUACCACUUGGCAUGCUUUGCCUGCUUCUCCUGCAAGAGGCAGCUUUCUACAGGAGAGGAGUUCGCCUUGGUCGAGGAGAAAGUCCUGUGCAGAGUACAUUACGACUGCAUGUUGGACAACCUGAAAAGAGAAGUCGAAAAUGGUAAUGGUAUUAGUGUGGAAGGAGCACUACUAACAGAACAAGAUGUGAAUCAUCCAAAACCAGCAAAAAGAGCUCGGACCAGCUUCACAGCAGAUCAGCUCCAGGUUAUGCAAGCACAGUUUGCUCAGGACAACAAUCCAGAUGCACAAACACUCCAGAAACUGGCAGAAAGAACAGGCUUGAGCAGGCGUGUUAUACAGGUGUGGUUUCAAAAUUGCAGAGCACGCCAUAAGAAACACGUUAGUCCCAAUCAUUCAUCUACUGCUCCCGUCACAGCAGUUCAGCCCUCCAGGCUGUCUCCACCCAUGUUAGAAGAAAUGGCGUAUUCUGCGUACGUACCCCAGGAUGGGACGAUGCUAACUGCUCUACACAGCUAUAUGGAUGCUCAUUCUCCGACAGCUCUUGGACUCCAGCCUCUGCUACCCCACUCAAUGACACAACUGCCACUAAGUCACACCUAACUCCUUUCUGUCAGGGAUAUAAGCUAUUAAGGGUGUAACCUUAAGUCAUUUAUUGAGUAUUAAAAAUAUCAUUGGAAAGAUAUUAAUGUUAACUUUUUAUUUAACAUCUAAAGCAUUUUCAAGAUCAGUUUUGCUGCCCAGGUAUGUAAGUAUAUUUAGCCUGCAAGACACUUUUAUGGAUUCUGCAUAAAUAACUAUUACAUUGUUUACAAGCCUUAUUCAACACCUUUUUGUAUUGUCUGGAAGUAGUCCACUCUAGUUAUGUGUGUGUUAAUUUAUUUGUCAUCAAAAGAGCACUUUGCCUAAAAGAAAGGACUGACAAUUGUGCAAAAUGUUUACAAUUCUCUGUGAAAUUGUAGUUUAUCAUUAGUUCGUAUCUGUAAGUUAUUGCUGAAAGUAUUACCUGUAUUUGAGUUGUAACAGCCUCUAUGUUAAAGCUUAUUUCUGUGAGUUUACAAAAAUAAAUUUUGGUUGCAAAUAUUUUCCAAAUGAACUGAAUAAAGUUUCUGCUGUAGCAUGCCAAGCAA